AUGACCAGCAGACCCUCAGACUCUGUACCCACCCAAACACCACUGUCUAGCACUGCCUCCGACUCUACAUCCACCAUGAACACCACUGUACCCAGCACUGCCUCAGAUUCUGUACCCACCCGAACACCUCUGCAUCCAGCUCUGCCUCAGAUUCUACAUCCAGCUAGACUACCACUACACACCACUUCCAACCAUACUAGGACUCCAGUGAUGGAGGUGAAACCCAGUGGGUCCCUGAAGCCCUGGGAAAUCUUCCUCAUCCCCCUGGCCUCUGUUGUCAUGGUCAUGGGACUCUCUCUGGGGUUCUUUUUCUGGAAAAAAUACCUGUCCCUGAGAAAUGCUGCUGACAGAUUAUUCUACAAUCCCCACAACUCCCACCUUGGUCCUGAAGGAUCCCAUAUGAGUUCAGGGAGCCCUACCUGUUCCUGGAGGAGACCAGGAACCUCUGAGGUCACAGAGAUGAAUGGGACAUAA